AUGAAAUAUUGUGAUAUUCACUUAAGUUUAUCUUUCAAAAAAGAACCCAUACCAAGGCUCCAAAAUUUUGUUGAAGAGGUUAUUCCAGCUUUUACUGAUAAAGAAUUUAAAUCUCACUUUAGGUUAUGUCGAUCAACAUUUAAUUUUAUCCUUAAUACAAUUAAACCAUCGUUAACAAGAAAAAUUUCAGGAUCUCCAAUGAUACCGCCCGAAAAACAAUUAUUGAUCGCUAUAUGGAAAAUGGCCACUCCAGACUCAUAUCGGUACAAUGAAAAAAUAUUACUGAAGUUUCAGUUUUGCCGCAGCGUUAUCAAGCUUACGCUAGUUGAAAUAGCUCCACAUUUAAUAACUUGGCCUGAAAACGAGAAGUUUGAAGAAAUUUCUAAUCAAUUUGAAGCUACGAGCGGUUUCCCUAAAGUUAUCGGUGCAAUUGAUGGAACGCAUAUAAAUAUUCCUACACCACGUAAACAUCCGGAAUCUUAUGUCAAUAGAAAAGGACAUCAUUCAAUUCAAUUACAAGCUGUUUGUGAUGCUCAAAGUAAAUUUAUCCACUGCUGUGCUGGUAAUGUUGGCUCUGUACAUGACGCACGAGUAUUUCGUUUAUCUGAAGUGCAUGGUUAUCUCAGCGAUCCAGAAAAAUUUCCAAAUGAUUGUCAUCUAGUUGGUGAUGCGGCUUAUCCUCUCCAUAAACAUUUACUAACACCGUAUCGGGAUAAUGGACACUUAUCAGCACGACAAAAAAAUUACAAUUUUUGUCAUUCCUCAGCACGCAUAGCUAUUGAACGUGCAUUUGGAUUACUUAAAAAAAGACCUCGCAGCUUACUUACUGUUUUAGAUAUGAAUCGAACAGAUUUAAUACCUGAAUACAUCAUUGCUUGUUGUGUAUUGCAUAAUAUAUGCUUAUUGAAAGAAGACGAAUUUCUCAUUGAGGAAAUAAUCGAAGAAAAUGCAAAUAUAAAUGACAUAAACGAUAACGGUCAAAAUAGAGCAUUAUUAGCUGAAGGUGCCGAAAAACGGAAUCGUAUUUGUGACCAAUUAAUUAUAAGAAAUGUGUAA